CUCAUGUACGGAUUACUGAAGAAAGCUUCUGUUGGCCGCCCAUUGACAGACUCCGAUUGGGCGCCCUGAGCCUGCUGAAGCCCACUGCAACUGAAAGGCUGAAGGAAUUAAAAAAUCCCCGACACCAUCCUCAUCCCACCCCACACAAACGAAUUGCGACCGACUUCCUUUACUCGCAGCAGCUGGCGGCACCGUCUUCUUUUUCUAUCAUUAUACAACGGCAUCCACACCGACGCUGCUCAACAUGACAGCCCCGAUGAUAAGCCUUCCGGCGCCCAUCUUCGCCAAAAUCUCCCCGCAUCCCUUCCUCGUGCGCAACCUCACCCGCUCCUCCACGGCCGAGCACCCGCCGUGCCGCACAAACGGCCGCGCCACCCAGGAAUUCCGCCCCGUCCGCAUCAACGCCGCCUCACUUUCCCACGCCCACGGCAGCGCUCUCGUCCGGCUGGGCGACACCACCGUCAUCUGCGGCGUGCGCGGCGAGCUGCUGCCCGUUGAGCACAUCCCACAGUUUCGGCCGGUGGAUAAGGAACAGUUGAGGCAAAAAGGGGAAGAUGGUGGGGAUGGUGGUGACGGGAUUGGGAGGGGGGAACUGAGAGACUAUGACCUGCUCGUGCCGAAUAUUGAAUUGGCGACCGGCUCGGCGCCGCAGUUCCUUCCCGGCGUGCCGCCGAUAACGCUCGCGCAGACGCUGUCGACCAGGGUGUAUUCGCUUUUGCAUUCUACGGGGCUGGUGGAAGCGCGGGAUUUGAGGGUCUGGUAUAGCCCUAAGGAACAGAAACGGGGAGAGGAUACCGAGAUGGGGGUCGCUGGUGAUGGGAGGGAGGAGGAUAUGGACGAGGACGAGGAGAGGCUGGUCGCGUACUGGGUUUUGUACAUUGAUUUGCUGUUCAUUUCCUACGACGGCAACCCGUUUGAUGCGGCGUGGGCGGCGGUCGUGGCGGCAUUGAGGGAUACGGGGCUGCCUUUGGCGAGGUGGGAUCCGGAUCGGGAAAUGGUGGUGUGCUCUAAGACGGAGAGGAGGGCACUGAAUGUGAGGGGGUUGCCGGUGGCGUGCAGUGCCGCCGUGUUCAUGGAAAAGGAACAUAGCGAGUCGGGAGCAGGGCCCGGGGACAGCGGGCAUUGGCUCUUGCUUGACCCGGACCGGUUGGAGGAGAGUCUGUGCAAGGAGGUGAUCACUAUGGUCGUGGACUGCAGCGAUGGCGAAACAAGGAUUAAGAGCAUUGAGAAGCAGGGUGGGACGUUGCUAGGGAGGGAGCUGAUACGCGGCUAUGCCGGCAUUGCGGAAAGGAGAUGGAAAGAGGUCAGGAGGGCUAUGGAAUGAUGGGUAGAGGCUGCUGGGUGAUGGAUCUAUGUAAAAUUUGAUACCCGGUGGAGAAUUUCAAGCAUCCUCAGCAGUGCCUUACUCUGGUGCUGCGGCAGCAACAAGAAUGGCAGAAGAUGUUCAUGCCGUGAACCAAUGCAUUUGAG